AUGCUUUCCGAUGAUUUUGCAUACGAGUACGUUGCAGAAUUGUUAAUUUCAGGCUUUCUGAAGGUUCUUUUAGCAGAUUUGAUUAUAGAAGAUUUGUUUGAUUGUGAUUGCUUGAGCUGUUGUUUGCUAUUUCAAGCAGUUGUGGUUGAGUUGCCGUUCUCAAGCGCUCAUCCAGUGUCAGUAUCAGUCAUGUAUGAGUACAGUAAGGCGUUGCAUGUAUGGAUAUUCAAUGCACUGAAUUCAUUGGAGCUGAAGUCACUUGAGGAGCCAAUUUACCUUUUUGGACAAUUCUUUAAGAAGCCCUUGGAAUGCUUGACGCUUGUUAAACAACAUGAUCUCUAUGCUGAGGAUCAAAGCAGAAUUAUAUUUGUAAUUGUUGGGUGCCGGAGCAUGAAAGUACAUUCGAGAUCCCCAAUUGUUAGCCUUCAUAGAUGCAGAGUGAGCACAGUUAAUGCUUUGCAGACACCAGUGAUCAAUGCAAGCAUGGUUUUAUGCGACAGGCAUUUUGGAGGGAUAAACUACCCAGUUGGUGGUGUUGGUGGAAUUGCGAAGGCGUUAGUGAAAGGCUUAGUAGAUAAGGGCAGUAAAAUACUCUAUAAAGCUAAUGUGACUAAUAUUAUACUCGAGCAUGGAAAGGCUGUGAGAGUGAGGCUUUCAGAUGGAAGGAAGUUUUUCUCCAAAACCGUAAUAUCAAAUGCAACUAGAAGGGAUACCUUUGUGAUGCCAUCGAAAAUUGGAACGAUGCACCUGCGUCAGUCCUUCCAGUUAUCAGAAAACUCAUAGCUGCCGGCAUUCGGGUUUGGGUUUUCAGGUGAAGCCUUUCUACAGAGCAAGUUCCAUAGAAAAAAUUCAUCUUACCACUAAGGUGGGCCAACUGACACAACUACGAUCAUGUGGGUCAUGGGAAAGAACAGGUCCAAUAUGGUUUGUUCAAGUUCUCAAGGUCAUCCUGAUCAGAUGAUCACAAUCAUUCAAGUUCCUGCUAAAAUGGAUAAUAAGACCAUUUUUAUUUCCAGGCCCUUAUUUGAAUGGCCUUUGUUGAUCAUAUGUGGACCCACUUAAAAAUUUUCAAUGUAAUAAGGUAAGAAGAAAUUCCAAUUGGGUCAUCUCGGACUUCAAUUUUGGGCCUCAAAAUAAAUAAAAAAUCCUACAUGUUCAAUUCUCAUCUUCUUUUUUAAUCUUAUAUGAAAUUUUGUGUUUUUAUUUAUUUAUUUAUUUAUUCAGUGGAGAUAUCCGACGGAAGAAUUCUGGCAACUGCCACGAGAUACACAUUGAACAAACUUGGA